AUGGCAUACAACGUUACAACAGAGCUGUUCGCAGAAUGGGCUGUAGGGCUUGCCAUCAUUGCAGUUCGCAUUUACGCACGCUGGAAACAUGGAAAGGGCAAGUUCUACUGGGAUGAUCUAUGUCUAGGGUUUGCCACGAUAUUUUGGACAAUGCAUACCGUCUUCCUCUACCUCUGUACGGAUGUAUACGGAUCGAAUAUUGGUCUCAACGAGAAAACGGCAAUGGAAGUUCCAGACAGCCAAGUAGCAACACUACGAACCGGUUCCAUCCACGCAUUUAUUGCCUGGCUCUCUUAUGUCUUCAUGGUGUGGUCAUUCAAAGGGGUCUUGAUGUUCUUCUACAACAGAUUGACAAUGGGUCUCUGGCAGCACCGCUUAACUAUGGCCGUUGGAGCCUUCUGUAUCUGCACAUUCAUCGCCUCAUUAUUUUUCCACGUCUUUAUCUGUGAGCCCGUACAAUCGAGUUGGCAAAUCAAACCAUAUCCCGGAGAUAACUGUACUAUACGCCCAUUAAACUAUAUCGUCAUCGAGAGUCUCAGCAUCACAACCGACGUUGCAAUUAUGACAAUCCCCAUUCCCCUCGUGAUAGCAGCCCGUAUCCCCGUCUCCCAAAAGCUUCUCCUAUGUCUUCUCUUCUCGUCCGGAAUCUUCGUCAUGAUCGCCGCCUUCCUCCGCGCCUACUAUUCCGUCAAGGACAUCUCCGAACUAUCAACCGCCCUAGGCUGGGCGUCUCGCGAAGCCCUCGUCUCCGUGAUAACAAUCUGCGCACCGGGAAUUAAACCACUUUUCAGCAGCUCGCGCUGGUUCUCUUCGAAGGGCAGCUCAAAUCAUACCAGUCGGACGCCGAAACAAAACGGUAUGUUUACUUCUUCGAGGAGUCAGGGGGAUGUAUAUGGUAAACAUCCGUAUGAGCUGUCCUCGUUCGGGUGGGGGAAGUCACGGCGGGAUUCGACGGGCGAGAGUCAGCAGCAUAUUGUUGUUGAUAUGAGUAGGAGUGGAGAGGACUCGAUAGAACAUGAUAAGGAGGGAAUUGUGGUUACUACGGAUGUUACUCUCUCUGAGGAACAACGUUCUCGGAAAUAG